AUGCAGAAGACCCAGGCGCAGGUGCGAGCCGUUCGCCCUGCCAUUGCCACUAGGAGAGUCUCGGUACUCCCUGGCCCUACACUGCUAGUGGCAGAUAGCGCAUCAGCAGCAAACCAGAUCCAAAAGUCUCCUGCCAAGCGUCUUAGGGUUGACGAACUUUGGAGUGACCUUGGUCCGCCGGCGGCGGUCAGUAGGAGGUUAGACAGUGUCUUGCCUCCUCCGUUUAUGAAUGUUGCUUCUCAGGCUGUCAAAGCCAAUGCCGCCAGUUUUGCUGCUGGUCGUGGUAUCUCUAACGGUCUUCACUCCCCUGUCUCCUCUUCCUCUCUCUUCAGCACUUCUACCGCCACGACCACCACUACUCUCAGUAGCGACAACAAUAACAACAAGGACAAGGGAAGUGCGGCCAGAAACGCUACCAAGCUGGAAAUACAACUCAAGCGGCUUGAUAGGAAGUUGGAUAAUCUGAAGUGGGAUAGAGAUUAUUACCGCAAAGAAGCCCAGAAGAAAAGCUGA